UGAUUUUGCAUGAGACAGAUGUUAGCUUCUUCAUCCAUCUUCAAUUCUCCUUCAUACUUUAAAUUUGCUUUACAAUAUAUCUAAUGGUUGCUUUUCUCGAAAUUAAGUGAUUAUAUGGUUAAGUCAUUGUCUUGAUGAUCUUCCAUGAAACAGAUGUCGGAGAGAUUUGAAUUAUGGUUCCUUUCCUUGAAAUUUCUUAUAUGAAUGAAAUAUAUUGGUUUCUCAUUCACACCCAAAUGACAAGAGAAUAGUUGCAUUUCUAUCCUAUUUUUAAUAUAUUUUGAAAUGAGUCAUCUCUUUUACUUUGCUUUGCUGAGCUAAAUAAAUUAAGUGAGUUAUAUUAAAUAUAUAACUAGUUGUUGUCUGCUUAAUUUCAUCUUCCUUCCCUCUUAGUCAAAGUGAGCCUCCAUUGAUUGUGCAACAAAAUGGUCUUCAUGCUCAACCAAUUUUUGACACGCAAGCCAACGAUAUGGAGAUUUGUGUGUUUUGUUUCUUCCAUUGUUGGACUGCUAUGUUUUGCUCUUAGCUCUUCCUUCAAUAAUCUAUUUGGAAACUGGAAUUUUUUCAAGGUAUUUCUUUAUACCAUUUUCAGUUUCAUUAUAUGUCUUACCAUCCUUUUUGCAAACACAUGCCAAACCUCUAGUACUAGUAUUGGACUAAAAGCUCAUUUGGUAUUUUCUGUUUUUACAAUCACUAGAAUUUACUCCUUCUUUUUUGAUAAAGCUAAUGGAAAACCAGAUUCGUAUAGUCUCAUUUCGUGUGCUGCUUUUGCUAUCAUGUCUCUCAGUUUAUCAAAGCAGACUCACUUUGGAUUCGAAGUCGAUCUUUUAUAUUUUUUUUGCGGGUAUCUAACUUUACAACUCAUGAAGAUUAAAUUGUUUUUAGUCGUUGUGGGAGUGACUUUCAGUUAUUUCCUGACCAUUCUUCGUUUUUAUUUGGGCAACCAAACCGAAAGUGGGCAGCAUAGAUUCCAAAUCCCUGAUCCACAUUCUGUAGUCAUUCAACUAAACUUAAUGAAGAAAAGUGACCCAAUGGCUCCUAAUGUAGAAUCAAUGAGAUUGUUUAAUAUAUACUUUUCAGAUAUAUGCAGGGUUCAAAAUUUUUGUUUUAUAGUUGAUAAGGGUAUAAGGGAAUCAAUGCAAAGGUCCGUGACUAAGUUUUUAUUGCCACAGUAUAAAAAAUUCAUUGGCAGGUUCAAAGAUGUUCAUGGGAAGGAUGUUUUUGAUAUGUGUAUUAAGUAUGGAAUGUCAGACAUUGAAGAUGGUCUCAAUUAUUUCUUUCGUGGAAAUGAUUUGGUGAAGAAGAAACCGUUCAUAGCGGAUCACAAUCACAAUGUUCAACCACAAAUGCAGAGAGGUUUGCAGCUGACAACAGAAUAUCUUUAUCAUUAUCAACUUACUCCAACCCAUUUCUAG